CUGUACUUCAAUAGUUUCAAGAUCCAAUUUCACAGCUUAAGAGAGAGAAAUGAAGAUUAAUGACAGCAACACGCCUACUACUCUGCUCUUAUUGCUCCCAUGCCUUAUCUUGUCCUAUAAUAUCUCAUGUACUACUGCAAAUCCCCUUCUUUUUGACUGUAUGAAUCAAAAUGAAUAUCUACCCAAUAGCGCAUUUGAAUCUAACCUGAAGCUCCUUCUCUCUACCAUUUCUUCAAACACUACCCUUCUCUCCAAAGGUUUCUACAACUAUUCAGUGGGCACUGGCACCAACCAAGUCUUUGGACUUGCCCUCUGUAGAGCCAAUUUUAUCCUUGAGGAUUGUCAAACUUGUCUAGAGAUUGCGAGUAGAGAGAUCCUCUAUUUGUGUCCUAAGAAGCAAAAGGGCAUCAUCUGGUAUGAUUAUUGCCAGUUACACUAUUCUUACCAGAGGUUCUUCUCCCAGAUGGUAUAUGCCGGAAAAUUGCCUCCCUGGAAUGUUCAUCAACGAAACGUGUCGAACCCAGUUCAGUUUUCUAAGAUUUGGAAGGAUUUGCUCCAUAAACUUAUUAGCCAGGUCGCAUCAAAUUCUUCUGAACUUAAGUUUGCUACUGAAGUGGCUACUAUCCCUGGAAAUGGUAAGGUACGUGGUCGUGUGGAGUGUGCUUCUGAUAUAUAUAGUGAAGACUGUGUACACUGCCUUGAAUUUUCCUUGAAAGACCUCUAUGGAUGUUGUUCUUCGCGUCAAGGAGGAAUGGUUCUUGGCAGUAGCUGCAAUUUGAUGUUCCAAAUUUCAACUAUAAAUGAUGAAGAAAUAAGCCAUAAUUCACCACCAACUAACAUUGAAUCUCAGACUAGUACAUUAAUGUUGCACAGGAAUAUGCCGCAAGGGGAUCGAGUCGAUGAUUUGUUGGAGUUGCCCUCGAUUAAUUUUGAAGCUGUAAAAGUUGCUACAAGAAGUUUCUCCAAUUCAAAUAAGCUUGGACAAGGAGGAUUUGGUACUGUUUACAAGGGCAUGCUACCAGACGGAAAGGAAAUAGCUGUGAAAAGGCUUUCAAGGAGGUCACAGCAAGGCUUAGAGGAGUUCAAGAAUGAAGUUAUACUAAUUGCAAAACUUCAACAUCGAAACCUUGUGAGGCUCCUAGGUAGUGGGAUAAAAGGAGAAGAAAAGCUACUUAUCUAUGAGUUCAUGCCUAACAUCAGCCUCGAUGCCUUUAUCUUUGAUCCUCUAAAGCGCUCACAACUUGAUUGGAGAACACGACAUAACAUUAUUGAUGGAAUUGCCCGCGGACUUCUUUAUCUCCAUGAGGGUUCUCGAGUCAAGAUCAUUCAUAGGGAUCUCAAAACUAGCAAUAUUUUAUUGGAUAAUGAGAUGACAGCAAAGAUUUCAGACUUUGGCAUGGCAAGGAUCUUUUGCGAAGAGCAAAACACGACUAACACAAAACGAAUUGUGGGUACAUAUGGUUAUAUGUCUCCGGAAUAUGCAAUGGAGGGGAUAUUCUCUGCGAAGUCUGAUGUUUUCAGCUUUGGUGUUAUAUUGCUUGAGAUCAUAAGUGGGAAAAGAAACAACAGCUACCUUGAGAAGAAUGGUCAGACCCUCUUGACAUAUUUAUGGAGACUACGGGAAGAAGGCAAAGAAUUGGAUUUUGUAGACCCCUUACUGAGCAGCUCAUGCCCAAGAACAGAAGUACUGUUGAGAUACAUCCAUAUUGGGCUUUUGUGUGUUCAACGCGACCCAGCUGAUAGGCCCACCGUGUCAGAGGUCAUUGUCAUGCUAGACACUGAUUCUAGGGAUCUUAUGCAAGAGCAUGGAUAA